AUGGCCCCCGGUGUCCUCCACCGCGUCAUCCACGGCACCCACGACCCAGAGCCGUGGCAGAAAUCCCUCCUGACCGUCCGCCCCGCCCUGCUGCAGAACUAUCGCCGCCACCGCGUCCGCAACGCAGACUACCCGGCGAUCCUGCCGCAUGAGAGGUCCUCCUGCGUGCGCGGCUCCGUCGUCUCGGGCCUGACUGAAGGCGAUCUGUAUCGGCUCGACAUCUUCGAGGGCGGCCAGUACAGUCGGCAGAAGGUCAAGGUGCAGGUGCUCAAGGACGUGGGGUUGGAGGAGGCUGCUGAGGAAGGGAAGACGGAGGUCGUCGAGGAGGUCGAGGCCGAAACGUACGUGUGGGAGGAAGGGGAGGCGACUUUGGAACCUGAGGAGUGGGAUUUCGAGGAGUUCAAAAGAGAUAAGAUGAAGGCUUGGAUGGGGUUGGUGGAGGGGAAUCACGACCAUAACGUGGGAGUGGACGAGGGCUUUGCUGAUGUCGAUCGCGCGGUGGCCGAGCAGGAGAAGCGGGAUAAGGGUCAUGAUCCAAUGGGUGGGCGGGGACUCAACGGUCAUAUCACUCAGCAGUUGAAGAAUGCGACCAUCUAA